GGAAAAAAAAAAAAAAAAAUCAAUGGAAACGAAUUCGAAUUUCUGCAUUUUCCUUUAUUGAUUGCAUCGUCUUCCCUUCGGCUAAGGUAAUCUCUCCGUCAAUCAGAUUGGGUUCUCUUUGCUUUCAUGGUUAAUCCUAAGGCUAUUCUGUGCACUUGCUGUGUUUCUUGAAAUUCCUCAGAGAAAUGGACUGAUUCUUGUUUCGGUUGUGUUCAAAUUAUCAUUGGUUGUGGUUGGUCAUUGUGCCUUAACAAUUAGAAGGGGAAAGAAUGAGACUGUGCUAAUGUUUCUGGCAAUUCAUCCAUGGAUCGAUGGAGUGGUGUUCUAAAGGUUCGAUUGGACCAUAAUAGCCUGAAUUACUACAAGGUUGCAGCAUCUCUAUGCUUCUCUUCUACUUCCAAAACGCUAACUGUUGCUGCAGUAGCUUUACUACGCGUGCAACCAGAGCCAAGUUAUGGUCCAUUAAUAACGGAUGUUCUGCACUCUCUCGUUCCACUUGUUCCGGUAGAGCUUGGUGGGACGCUAAGACAACCUUCAGCUUCCUCAAAUCCUACUUUACAAUGUCACCAUUGGCACAUCUCCAGAUUGUAGUCAAAUUUCUGUAAGAUUUUUGGCGUUUCAUUGAUUAAAUUGAAGACCUUUUU